GUAAAAACAAAACAAAACCCCGUUGCUCUAAUCGUUUGUGGCGGGCAGAGCUGAAGCAGUGGAGAAGUAGCUCAAAUCCCCAAAAACCCUAGAAAUUGUGAAAUUCUCUGAAUCUUACCUUCAAUAUAUUCAUGAUUUUUUCAAACGAAUUCAUUUCGCAAGAGCGAGAUUGAGAGACAAAUUUGUACGAACAAAGUUAUUUCCCAGAAUGUACUGGUUAGUUGCGAGAAACGUCGUCUUUGCACUCCCCAAGUGGCGCUCCCUCACUUUGUUUCUCCGUUCCCCUGCUUGCAAAUACAGUUCAUUUUCUCGGUCACCGUCGUUACUGAUUGCUAUUGCUGGCUUGGAGUUCAAUUGUAUGAUUCUGGUUAUUAAAAGCAGGAGAAAAGAUGUUGAGCGGGUAUGUUGCUUAAAAGAACAGAAAAAUUUGAAAGGAAAUGCAAGAGUUACAAAGAAAUCCAAAGCAUCAAACAAUGUUUUGGAUGAUAAGGAUCUUUCCCACAUAAUCUGGUGGAAGGAGAGGCUGCAGCAGUGCAGGAAGCCUUCUACCAUUCAGCUGGUUAAAAGGCUUAUGUAUUCCAAUUUGCUUGGCUUGGAUGUUAACUUGAAAAACGGGAGUCUAAAAGAAGGAAACCUCAAUUGGGAGAUGUUGCAGUUCAAGUCCAAGUUUCCACGUGAGGUUUUACUCUGCAGAGUUGGAGAUUUUUAUGAAGCAAUUGGAAUAGAUGCUUGUUUUCUUGUUGAAUAUGCUGGUUUGAAUCCUUUUGGUGGGUUGAGAUCAGAUAGCAUUCCUAGAGCUGGCUGCCCUGUUGUGAACCUUCGGCAAACUUUAGAUGACUUGACACGAAACGGGUAUUCUGUGUGCAUAGUGGAGGAAGUACAAGGUCCAACACAGGCCCGCUCACGUAAAAGCCGGUUUAUAUCUGGGCAUGCACAUCCAGGCAGUCCAUAUGUUUUUGGACUUGUGGGGGUUGACCAUGAUCUUGACUUCCCAGAACCAAUGCCCGUGGUUGGAAUAUCACGUUCUGCAAGGGGUUAUUGCAUAGUCUCAGUCUUAGAGGCUAUGAAGACAUAUUCAUUAGAAGAUGGUCUUACUGAAGAGGCUUUAGUUGCCAAGCUUCGUACAUGUCGCUACCAUCAUCUAUUUCUUCAUACAUCUUUAAGAAACAAUUCCUCAGGAACUUGUCGUUGGGGAGAAUUUGGCGAGGGUGGCCUUUUAUGGGGAGAAUGCAGCACCAGACACUUUGAAUGGUUUCAAGGCAAUCCUGUCACUGAGCUUUUGUUUAAGGUCAGGGAGCUUUAUGGUCUUGAAAAUGGAGUUGCUUUCAGAAAUGUCACUGUGCCUUCAGAAAAUAGGCCCCAUUCAUUGCACCUUGGAACAGCAACGCAAAUUGGUGUCAUACCAACAGAAGGAAUACCUUGUUUAUUGAAGGUAUUGCUUCCAUCAAAUUGCUCAGGUCUCCCUGUAUUAUAUGUGAGAGAUCUUCUUCUGAAUCCUCCUGCUUAUGAAAUUGCAUCCACCAUUCAAGCAAUAUGCAAACUUAUGAGCAAUGUUACGUGCUCUAUCCCAGAAUUUACUUGUGUUUCAUCUGCAAAGCUAGUGAAGCUACUUGAACUGAGGGAGGCCAAUCAUAUUGAGUUUUGCAGAAUAAAAAAUGUGCUUGAUGAGAUAUUGCACAUGCAUAGGAACUUGGAGCUCACUGAAAUCCUAAAAUCAUUAAUGGAUCCUACAUGGGUGGCAACUGGAUUGAAAAUUGACUUCGAGACAUUAGUCAAUGAAUGUGAAUGGGCUUCAGAUAGAAUUUGUGAAAUGAUCUAUCUAGAAGAUAAAAUUGACCGAAAGUCAGAUUCCCAUUCUGUCGUUCCUAGUGAAUUUUUUGAGGAUAUGGAGUUGUCUUGGAGAGGUCGUGUAAAGAGGAUCCAUAUAGAGGAAGAAUUUGCAGAAGUGGAAAGUGCAGCACAGGCCUUGUCAUCAGCAGUCACUGAAGAUUUCAUCCCCAUCAUUUCAAGAAUAAAAGCCAGCAUGGCCCCUCUUGGUGGUCCUAAGGGAGAAGUAUCAUAUGCUCGAGAGCAUGAAUCUGUAUGGUUUAAGGGAAAACGGUUUGCACCGGCAGUUUGGGCUGGUACCCCAGGGGAAGAACAAAUUAAACAGCUUAAACCUGCUGUGGACUCUAAAGGUAGAAAAGUUGGCGAGGAAUGGUUCACUACCAUUAAGGUGGAGGAUGCUUUAAUGAGGUAUCACGCCGCUAUUGAUAAGGCAAAAGCAAGGGUCUUGGAAUUGUUGAGGGGGCUUUCUGCUGAGUUGCAGUCAAGGAUCAAUAUCCUUAUCUUUGCAUCAAUGUUGCUUGUUAUUGCAAAGGCACUAUUUGCUCAUGUGAGUGAAGGGAGGCGAAGGAAAUGGGUGUUCCCCACUCUUAUUGGCUUGAGUCAGACAGAGGACAGGAAAUCACUGGAAGGAGCUAAUGGAAUGAAAUUAAUGGGCCUAUCUCCAUAUUGGCUUGAUACAGCAGAAGGCAGUGCUGUACAUAAUACAGUUGAUAUGCAGUCCUUAAUUCUUUUGACAGGACCAAAUGGAGGUGGUAAAUCUAGUUUGCUUCGAUCAAUUUGUGCAUCUGCAUUACUGGGAAUAUGUGGUUUUAUGGUGCCUGCGGAAUCAGCCGAGAUUCCUCACUUUGAUUCCAUUAUGCUUCACAUGAAAUCUUAUGAUAGUCCUGCCGAUGGGAAAAGCUCAUUCCAGGUGGAAAUGUCAGAAAUCCGGUCUCUUAUAACUGAAGCCUCAUCAGGGAGUCUUGUACUUGUUGAUGAAAUAUGCCGAGGGACAGAAACUGCGAAAGGGACUUGUAUUGCUGGAAGCAUUAUUGAAUCCCUUGAUAAAAUCGGUUGUCUGGGUAUUGUAUCUACUCACUUGCAUGGAAUAUUUGAUUUGCCACUUCAUACAAAGAACACCACAUGUAAAGCAAUGGGAACAGAAUAUGUCAAUGGACAAACAAAACCAACUUGGAGAUUGAUAGAUGGGAUCUGUAAAGAAAGCCUUGCUUUUGAAACCGCAAAGAAGGAAGGGAUCCCAGAAACAAUUGUCCAAAGAGCUGAAGAAUUGUAUUUUUCUGCUUAUGCUAAAAAAGUCUCUCCCGAAAGGAUUGAAGAAAGAAAAAGACCAAUCCAUUCUAGCGGAACUGUUAAUGGCUCCAAUGAAGCCCAUUUUGCACUGACGGAAGCUACUGCAAGAGCUCUUCAUCAUGAUACCAAAUCAGCCAAAGAGAUGGAAGUCAUGCAAAAGAAGGACGUUGAGAGUGCUGUUACCCUAAUAUGCCAGAGGAAGCUCAUUGAGCUCUACAAGCAGAAAAACACAGCAGAACUUGAAACAGUGCAGUGUGUUGCCAUUGGUGCAAGGGAACAGCCACCUCCAUCAACAAUCGGUGCUUCAUGUGUCUAUAUCAUGUUCAGACCAGACAAGAGGCUAUACGUUGGAGUGACAGAUGAUCUUGAAGGCCGAGUCCAUGCACAUCGAUCAAAGGAAGGGAUGUAUAAUGCCUCUUUUCUUUAUUUCAUAGUUAAAGGAAAGAGCAUUGCUUGCCAACUGGAAACUCUUCUUAUCAACCAGCUACCCAGAAAGGGAUUCCAACUUAGCAACAUUGCUGAUGGUAAACAUCGGAAUUUUGGCACAAGCAAUCUCUCUCUUGAAACCACGCCUGUCCAUUAACAUGUCUACACCUUUGACUACCCAUUUUGUAAAAGCUACUUUAAUGAAGAAAAUUGUGAGGUAAGGGUAAGGGAGGUUUCUGAUUGUAUGUAUCAUGUAUAUGAAAACUGUAUUCUGCAAUUGAAAUUGCAAGUGGCGGCAGCAAUUUUGUUUUUAAGUUGCUCAACUUGCAGAAUGUGUACCCAGAUGGUAACUUUUUUUUUUUUGGGAUGAGAAAAUGUUAACAUGUUAACUCGAUGCAGAGUCCAGUAAAUUCCUUAUUUUUUUAAGGAAAAGAAGAUUUAUGCAAAUGGGAUAAGGUGAUGCAUAGGUGAUUUAAAUGAAAA